UUCUUUCCAAGGGCGAGUUUGUAUCUGUAUUCGUAAACAUGUUUGUAUGGGCUGAAUUAACCUUAAAUCUUCAUAGUGACUUUCAUUGAGAGACUGGUAAUAAAUCCCUUCUCACAUUAGAAUUUAGAAAUCACCGUAUUAGUAGUAAACCAGGCAAGUAAUUGACUAUAUGGGUUGGUGACUUAACAAAUUAACACAAAAAAAAAAAAAUCCUGCAAGAAGCUACCUUGCUAUCUGUAUAUAUGCGUCAUUGCGUCGACGUAUUCGCCUUUCACCAUUGAUAAUGUACACAUAUUAGAGAAAACGACAGAAUAGAAACACACAACUAACAUAAAAUGCAAACAUAUGUAUUGGAUAUUUGUAGGAAAAACCUUUCACAAACGUAAUUUAGCACCAGUAGUUGAACCAACAAAGUAGGUGCAAUUUUGUUGGCCUUUUUUUUUUCUUUUAUUUCUCUCUAAACUCCUUCAAACGUAACAUCCUCUCCUUUUUCCCUCCCUUUUCACAUACACCUCUAUUUCUCUAACUCUUUAUUUUUCAUAUAUCUGGCCAACGUUCUUACCUUCCAUCCAUCUCAUCAUAUAUACACCCAUACACGUUUUAUAUUCAUCCCGAGCCUCUUCAUCUAUACUCGUUCUCAUCAUCGAAUGGAAGAGCAGCAAAAUGUUCCACGCGUUGAGGUUCACCAGAAGGAAUUUUCACCUCCGUUGUUGUUUUCAUCAAAUGAUUUUGAGGCCACGACUGUCUCAGAUAACGUUGAUUGGUCUAGCUUUUUAAUCGAUUCACCAACUAUUAAGGCAGCUAGUAGUUAUGAAUAUUGUCAUAAUAAUGAUAAUAAUAAACGACUUGAUUGUGCUGAGUUUGAAAAUGAUCGUCAGAGCAAUGGUUCAGAUUUUAUAAGUGGUGGAAACAAUAGUACUCUAAGCAAUAAUAAUGUGGAAGAAAAUAGAGGAAGUAUUGAUCAUAGGUUGGAAAGCAGCAAGAGAAUAUGUAGUUGUAGUAUUAGUAGUAGUUGCAGUACAAGAUCGAGGAAGGCCAAGGUGGUUCCUCGAUUUGCAUUCCAAACGAAGAGCUCUGAGGACAUUCUUGAUGAUGGGUAUCGUUGGAGAAAAUAUGGGCAGAAAUCCGUCAAGAAUAACAUCUAUCCAAGGAGCUAUUAUCGGUGCACACAUUUGACAUGUAAUGUGAAGAAACAAGUGCAGAGACUAUCCAAGGACUCUAGCAUUGUCGUAACAACAUAUGAGGGAGUUCACAAUCAUCCUUGCGAGAAGUUGAUGGAAGCCCUUUCUCCUCUACUUAACCAAAUGCAAUUUCUAUCUAGUUUAACCUAAGUAUUCCUAAUUCAUGAAUUAUUUAACUACUUAUUAUUUUAAGCUUUCCCAAACAAAAUCUAAUUAUAAAAUGUAAAUGCACAUAUACAUGUAUCAAUGAACAUAUAUAUACAUGAUAGUAUAUUUGUAAGCUUGUAGCCAGUUCUUUCCUAAGUUAAAAGUUAGAUCGAAUAGACGACUAUAUCCUCAGUUUUCGUUGUACACGUAAUAAUGUCAAAAAAAAUUCUUACACGAGGUUAAUUCAACAAUUGUUGGGUCAAUUUUAAUU